CUCCAGUAGCAACACUGCAGCAGCAGCCCUACGCGUCCCCGCCUCUCCUUGGUAACAUUGUGGUGUUGGGGGCGCGCACGCCGCGUGGUGACGUAACCCUUCACGUAUACAGGGAAACUGCCAUCAUCAUCUGACUGUCCGUGUGUGUACUAGGCGUCAGGAUGGUGGUGUCACCGGGGAGCAAUAAGUAUCUUACGGCUGUUCUGCUGCUGCUGUGCUCGGGCUGGUGCGCAGCCUUCUACCUUCCGGGUCUGGCUCCAGUGAGCUUUUGUGAGGAAAGAAUAUCCAAGGAGACGAAGGAUAACUGCAAGUCAGUGGUUGAACUCUUUGUAAACAGACUGGAUUCUGUAGAGUCGGUUCUUCCGUAUGAGUAUGACGCCUUUGACUUCUGCUUGGAUUUAAAUGAAAAGCAUCCUUCUGAAAAUCUUGGACAAGUCCUGUUUGGGGAAAGAAUUGCAUCAUCGCCAUACAAGUUUAAAUUUAAUGAGAAUCUUACCUGUCAAGCAGUGUGCAAAAAGACUUAUGACCCAGCAUCGGAUACCAAACCUCUUGAUUUCAUUAAAAAAGGAAUACAACUCAAUUAUCAGCAUCACUGGAUCAUUGAUAAUAUGCCAGUGACCUGGUGCUAUGAAGUAGAAGAAGGUCAGAAAUACUGCAGUCCAGGAUUCCCGAUAGGGUGUGCUGUCACCUCAGACGGAAGAGUGAAAGAUGCAUGCGUCAUCAAUUCUGAAUUUAACAAGAAAGAUACAUUUUACCUCUUCAACCAUGUUGAUAUAACAAUCACCUAUCACAGUGGUAAAGAAGAAAAUUGGGAUGGUGCACGACUGGUUACUGCAAGACUUGAGCCAAAAAGUUAUAAACACACAGAUGAAAAGUCCUUAAAAUGUGAAGGCAGCCCAAUGGAAAUACCCAAAGAUUUAAAUAGCAAAUUGGAUGUCAUCUACACAUACUCUGUGACAUUUCAGGAAAAUAAUACCAUUACGUGGGCAUCUCGCUGGGAUUAUAUUUUGGAAUCCAUGCCGCAUACAAAUAUUCAGUGGUUCAGUAUAAUGAACUCUCUUGUAAUUGUCCUCUUCCUCUCUGGCAUGGUGGCUAUGAUUAUGUUACGGACCCUUCACAAGGAUAUCGCCAGAUACAACCAGAUAGAUUCUUCUGAAGAUGCUCAGGAGGAGUUUGGCUGGAAGUUAGUACAUGGUGAUAUAUUCAGGCCACCUAAGAAAGGGAUGUUGCUGUCUGUUUUUCUGGGGCAAGGAACACAAAUUUUCAUUAUGACGUUCAUUACAUUAUUCCUGGCUUGUCUUGGGUUUCUGUCCCCUGCCAACAGGGGAGCAUUGAUGACCUGUGCCGUUGUGUUGUGGGUCCUCCUGGGAACCCCUGCUGGUUAUGUGUCUGCUCGGAUGUAUAAGACGUUUGGUGGAGAGAGAUGGAAAUCCAAUGUGUUACUGACAGCACUUCUGUGCCCCGGGAUUAUUUUUACUGAUUUCUUCAUCAUGAAUGUCAUCUUGUGGGCAAAAGGUUCUUCAGCUGCAAUUCCCUUUGGUACACUGGUGGCUGUCCUAGCAAUGUGGUUUGGCAUUUCUGUCCCAUUAACCUUUCUCGGAGCAUACUUUGGAUUUAAAGAGAGAGCCAUUGAACAUCCAGUCCGUACAAACCAGAUUCCUCGUCAGAUCCCAACUCAGUCAUUUUUCACAAAACCAUUUCCUGGCAUCAUUAUGGGUGGGAUUCUACCAUUUGGAUGCAUUUUUAUUCAGCUAUUUUUCAUUCUCAACAGCAUUUGGUCUCAUCAAAUGUACUAUAUGUUCGGUUUCCUGUUUCUGGUAUUCAUAAUUCUCCUGAUAACUUGUUCAGAAGCUACCAUCUUGCUUUGUUACUUCCAUCUAUGUGCAGAGGAUUACCAUUGGUGGUGGAGGUCCUUCCUAACGAGCGGAUUCACUGCGGUUUAUCUUUUUAUCUAUGCAGUUCAUUAUUUCUUCUCAAAGCUUCAAAUAACAGGAACUGCUAGCACCAUUUUGUACUUUGGGUACACGAUGAUAAUGGUUUUAAUUUUUUUCCUGUUUACAGGUACCAUUGGAUUCUUUGCAUGCUACUGGUUUGUCAGGAAGAUUUACAGUGUUGUCAAGGUGGAUUAACCAGGAAUUUCUGCAGAGUUGACACACAAGCAGAUUACAAUUUACAGUAUGCCUAAUAAGAAUGAGAUGCUACCAUUUAAAGACUUGCAAAUGUGGCACAAAACAGAGACUUUCUGCCGAGAUGAGCACCUCGAGAGACUGUUUACAACAUUCCGUCAUGUGCUUCUCCCACCUCCUUUUAAGCCGGUUUUUAAACAAUUGUAAAUACACAAGUGUGAGCUACGAGAUGUUAUUAAGCAGUAUCAUUCAGCAAUGAUUGGGUAUUUCCUAUUUUGCCCAUGACUAGAAAGUAAAGUCAUGGCGCACCAUGAUGUUGUUUGAUAUACCAUUACGUUAUAAGGCAGUGUAUAAUUUUGCUACCGUGCCUUCCAGAUAGUCUUGAUAUUCUUAUUCGUCAAAGGUUUAUUUGUGCAAAUAUUCAUUACAUUGUCCAUCCAUACUGUAUUCUUGAAAGGUUGUAAUUUUUUAUUUUAUUUAAAAUGAUCUGUACAUUUUAUUGCUCUUGUUUUAACACGUUAUAGCAAGCGUGCACUACCUGCUCAGAGAGUAAUUGUUUGGCUUUAUUGUAUUAGCAAGCGUUUCACCUGUAUAUAGCAAAAAGUGUAUCUUUCAUACGCUUCUAAACUACUCUAGCAAAAUGCUCUAGGUACAGGGCUUCAGGAGUUCUACAGAUAACAAACCAAAACUAGUGGCAUGUAUUUCCUGCCUUGCCUAUGUCUUAUUUUGUGCAAUAAAAGUGCAAAGACCGUA